AAAGCACUCGAAGAACAAGCCGCCCUGAUACAAGAGCUGUACCGAGAAAAAGACGAAGAAAAAGUAGUCAACUACGCCGAAUACGUCAAAAUCCUGCAUGUCGAUCUCAAGCAAGCCCACCGCCAAAUCGAGUACUACAAAGUCCUUGCCGAGGACUCGCAGCGGCGCGCAUCUCGCUACCAGGAGUCUCUAACGCAAGCUACAAAAGACCAAAUAGCAGUCAGCCACCUAGAAGCGCAGAAAGAGCAACUCCACCGCGAGCUCGAGCAGCACAAACUUAUCAUUCACAAACUGCGCUCGGAAAAUGAGCGUGCCGCCGAAAACUUUGUGCGCUUGCGCGAACGCGACAAGAAGGCUUUGGCAGCGUGCGAAGUUCGACUAGCAGACCUAGUCUCGCAUGCAUGCGAGAACGAGAAUGUGGCGGCUAGGACGUUGCUUAACGAUCGAGGGGCGCUGCUAAACAAGAUGGAAGUCGUGUAUAACGUAGUGGUAAGUGAAGUUACGCCGCUGAAACGGGUUUUCAAGCGUGCGCUCCAGAUGCUGCAAGUUUAUCAGGGCUUGUUUCAGACGCUGUCAGAUCCGCGUUUCACUACGAUUGGGAGCUUGCCGCCGGAUUUGGACGCGCUGAUGACGAGGGCGCGCGACGAUUUGAAUGCAUAUCGGGAAGUUCAUGGGAUGUUUUCUGGUGUUGGGGCUGCUGUGGAAGACCAGAUUCGUGAAGAGCUUGGUGGUAUGUCUGAGAGUGCGGGCGGUAUGCUUAAGAGUUUACACUACAUCAAAAGGGAUGUUGAGGCUUUCUUGGCGCGUCUGCGUGCGGAACCGGGAGCCUGGUUCAUUAUGAAGGCAAAGUUCGGAAAUAUCUGGCGGUAG